AUGUACGUGAAAUAUUCUUGCGACAAGCGACACUUGGACAUUGGUGGUGGUCUUCUUCUGAGUGACAACUCGACAUCGUUGAAUUCGACUUUUGCUCCUGCGGCCACCUAUUGGGGCCAGUACCAGGAAAUCUCGAACUACAAUGUCAACCUGAACGUCGCUGAGCGACUCUGGGCGGCUUGGUACGCGUGGAUGCAGAAUGAUGUCCUCGCCACUGGUAUCAUGUCCUUUGCCAUGCACGAGAUCGUCUACUUUGGCCGCUCGUUGCCUUGGUUCAUCAUCGACAGCCUGGGCCUUUUCAAGCAAUACAAGAUUCAAGGCAAUAAGGUUCCUUCCGUACGUGAGCAAUGGGAUUGCGCCAAGUGGGUUCUCCUGAGCCACGUCACCGUCGAGCUCCCUCAGAUCUGGCUGUUCCAUCCUAUGGCUCAAUUCUUCGGUCUCUCUACCUCUGUCCCGUUCCCCUCCGUCCUCACCAUGGCCUAUCAAAUUGCAAUCUUCUUUGUCAUGGAAGAUGCUUGGCACUAUUGGUUCCACCGCGCUCUUCAUUACGGACCCCUCUACAAGGCCAUCCACAAGAUUCAUCACCAGUACUCGGCGCCAUUCGGACUAGCGGCCGAGUAUGCUUCACCAAUCGAGGUUAUGAUUCUGGGUUUCGGAACCGUCAGCUGCCCUAUCAUCUGGUGUGCCAUCACCGGUAAUCUGCACAUUCUCACUAUGUAUGUGUGGAUUGUUCUCCGCUUGGCCCAGGCCAUUGAUGCGCACAGCGGCUACGAGUUUCCCUGGAGUUUGCACCACUUCCUGCCCUUCUGGGCUGGCGCCGACCACCACGAUCUGCACCAUGAGAAGUUUAUCGGUAACUACUCCAGCAGCUUCCGCUGGUGGGACUAUGUUCUGGACACCGAGUACACUCCCGAAGCGCUGAAGCGCCGCCGCGCCAAUCCGUCCUCCGUCAAGAAGGCCCAGUGA